AUGGCUUCAGCAACAGUCCAGCUCCCAACAGCCGACAAACCCACCCUCCUCACCACCCAGCCCGUUCAAACACCCCAGGACAAGCCUCGCCACGUCCAGACAACCCUGAACUACUUCAAAGACCACGCCGACGGCUCUCCCCCAACCCCAAACUAUGUCGGCGAUCCCACAGCCUACCGUCUGCAACCCAUCGAGACAGCCCCGGCAACCAUCCACGACGUCUCCGGCCAUGAGCUCGACUACACCCUCGACGCCAACGGUUUCCAGUACUACUACCACACCAGCGCCGAGAAGGACUUUCUCGACGACGAGCAGAUCAAGCGUGUCUACUACCCCGAGGUAGAUCAGUUGCUGAAAGAUGCAACCGGUGCAAGCAAAGUCUUCAUCUUCGACCACACAAUCCGGCGCGCCCCCCUCGACGCGCGCGACCCGGGAACACCCCAACUGCGCGGCCCCGUUCAACGCGUGCACAUCGACCAAUCCUACCCAGCCUCCAAGAACCGCGUCACGCACCAUCUCCCGCAAGAAGCCGAGAAGCUGCUCAAAGGCCGGUACCAGAUCAUCAACGUGUGGCGGCCCAUUAAGCCCAUCCUGAAGGACCCGCUCGCCGUUGCAGACGCGCAUACCGUCGCGGAGUCGGAUCUCGUGCCCAUUAAGCUUAUCUACCCCGACCGCGAGGGCGAGACGCUGGGUGUGCGGGCGAACCCGCAGACGAAGUGGUAUUAUCGAUACGGGCAGGGGCCGGGGCUGGUUACGUUGAUUAAGUGCUUUGAUUCGAAGCUUGAUGGGCGGGCGAGACGCGUGCCGCAUAGUGCGUUUGCGUUGGAGGGGGCGGAGAAUGAGCAGCCCAGGGAGAGUAUUGAGGUUAGGACGCUGGUGUUCCAUGAGGAUGAUACUGCGGAAUAG